ACCCGCAUCCAACAUGCCAUUGUAUGGGAAGUGAGGGAGACAACAUGAGUCUGAGUUCGCACCGGAUCUGACUGACCACUAGAACCGAUUGCUGGCAUCAAAGGAGCAUGUAGCUCGAAUCCGCUAGAAUCGAUUGUUGACACUAGAGAAGAAGCCUGGAGUUUGAAUUCAUACUGGACCUGAGAUCUGAGAGAUACUCAGCAGAUCUAAAAGGUUUCAUCCUUCUUUCUCUCCCCCUCUCUCCGUCAUCUUUGCACCUUGCUCAUCUGCCGGAAUCAAUUGUUAAAGAGACAAUAUAUGUUUCGAUAGCAAGGAAUUCGCCACCGAGAUUAUUGAAUCCAAGAGUUGUUCCGACCUGAUCAAUGCAAAGAUCACUUGGGGUUUUGAUAUGUCAACAAAGAGUAUCUACUAUCUAAUAGCCAUGUGAGCAAAUCCUUGAGUUCCUUCAAUAUAUGUUUCGACGCCAUGAGAACCUCAAUGGAAUCUGCAUCCCACUAGUACAACCUUGGCUUUGGGGGAAAGACAUCAUGAAAGCAGCAACUACAUUACCCGUGUUGCUUUCGUUCCCGUUAGGUUGGGUUUGGGGGCAAGACGAGGCAUGAGAUAUAGAAAGAAUACCCAAUUUAUAGGAGAAUAUUAGAUUUAAAGAAAAAUAGAGUUAGUCAAGUGUAAGAAAGAAAGUGAGAGAAUGAUUUAAGACGAUAUUUAAAGAGCAAGAGUAUAAUUUGUCAAUCAGGGUAGAUUUAAGUAAUUUGUCCAAUAAAACCUUUUAGUCUUUCAACAUCUCUCUCAAAGCGUCACUACUCGGCAAAGAGGGACAAUGUCCGGUUUUGAAGUUUAGUGGAUUUGGCGGAUGAAACUGCGAAAUAUGUUUUCCCGAAGAGAUUUGAAAGUCGCAAUUUAGAGGAAGAUUUGAUGACAGGAGUAGGAAGGGUGGGGCUGCUUGAGAUUCUUAUGCAUUUGCUGUAAUUUCAGUUUUUGUAAAGGCUGUAAUGGCUCCAACUUUCAAUGAGAGAGAGCGAACCUUGUCUGUGUAUCUUUACAUCCCCAAUAUCAUUGGAUACAUAAGAGUAAUUAUGAACUGUUUUGCAUUUGCUCAAUGCUUUUCUGACAAAAAGCUAUUCUCGAUCCUUUAUUUUAUCAGCUUUGUCUGCGAUGGUUUAGAUGGUUGGUUCGCCCGCAAAUUUAAUCAAGUGUCAACUUUUGGAGCAGUUUUGGACAUGGUAACUGACAGGGUGAGCACUGCGUGUCUGUUGGUAAUCCUUUCCCAAUUUUACAGGCCUGGCUUGGUUUUCUUGUCAUUGCUUGCUUUAGAUAUUGCCAGCCAUUGGAUGCAAAUGUACAGUACUUUCUUAUCAGGUAAGGCCAGCCAUAAAGAUGUAAAAGACAGCACUAAUUGGCUUUUCAAGGCAUACUAUGGAAGUCGUCCAUUUAUGGCUUAUUGUUGUGUGUCGUGUGAGGUACUUUACAUCAUCCUUUUCCUUCUUGUAGAAAAAGAACCUGAAAGUGUCAUAAGAGUUUUAGUGGAUGCUGUGAAAGAGAGUUCAUUGCUAUCUCCUCUAGUCAUUUUAGCUCUCUUUGGGUGGGCAAUCAAGCAAAUGGUUAAUGUUAUACAGAUGAAGACUGCAGCAGAUGCAUGCGUUCUUUAUGAUACAAACAGAAGGCGUAGGCCCUAAUUUUUAUCCCUUUACUUUUUCUAGAGCUGGGUGGGGGUUCCCAUAUUAGUCUCAUGUCUCAAGUUUCUUAAAUGCUACAUUUUCAUAUUGUAGACUAAAGAGAAAGGUAAUUCUGUUUUACCACUUUGUUCAUGUAAACAUUAUAACAGUUGUUAGAUACUGUUUUCUGUCUGUAUUUUAUUGUGCUUGUAAUAAAUCUUCAUGGCUUUCUUCUACCCAAUUUGUUCCAAGGCAAAGAUGUUACACUAGUA